CGUGCAUGUUGUGCAUCCCUUUUAGUGAGUCCGAGGCUUUGAAGGCAUUUAUUUUCGAUUCGUUCUUCAAAUAUUUUAAUACCUGCAUUUAAAUGUGGUUUUUGGGUUCAAACGUUAUUAAAAGUGACUGAAUAUGUUUAUCGUGGAGAUCUCGCGAUAUCGAAAGGCUCGUUGGCGGUUACGUUACAAAACAUGUUUGGUAACCAGCAUGCUCGAGGAAAAGCGUUUUUGACUCAAGUCAAGCUGAAGAUUCUCAGCACAGAGACAAACAUACGUACGGGUUGCAACGAAUUACUUUCUAAUUAAAGUAAAACUGCAGCAGUGCUUUUAUUUCCUGUUUCGAGGUAAGAACUUCAAACUCGUGGCAGAGUUAACACAAUAAACAAAUCGUAGCGUAUAUGAAGCUCUUUCCACAACCUGUCAAUCUACUUCGUGCCAUAAACUACAAGCUUUAGGUUCCACACUAAAGCUAACAAAUUGCGUAUAGACACUCGGCGUUUAACAUAGUAAGUACUUUGUUGUCUUGCAAAAGCAAACAUUGAGAAAGUACCUGAUGGAUUAUUUCUGGAGCACAUCUGAAACAAAACGAAAAGAAACUUAAUUGUCAUCGUGCUGAGGAUUUAUUAUGCAGAAAGUGGGCCGUCACACCGAUCUCUGUUACAUAACAGGAACGAUGCCAGAGGGUCCGGAGCUGCACCUGGCCAGCCUUUUUGUUAACAAAACGUGCGAGGGGGUUGUGUUUGCCGGCUCAGUCAGAAAGUCUGAGGUCAGCAAGAAUCCUGACGUGGCCUUCACCUGCGAGGCGUACCGCAUCAGUGCCAUUUCCAGAGGGAAGGAAGUGAAGCUCACGCUGACGCCCAUCAAGAGUGAUGACACGAAGGCCGAAAAGCAGCAGCAGCCUUUAGACAUUGUCUUUCGCUUUGGAAUGUCAGGCUUUUUCCGCUUCACCGCUGAAGACGAGCUGCCCAAACAUGCCCAUCUGUGCUUUUAUUCCAAGGAGCAGCCUCGCAGAGUGCUCAGCUAUGUAGACGCACGCAGGUUUGGUAGCUGGCAGCCACAAGGAACUUGGCAGCCCGACAGAGGACCCUGCAUCAUGUUUGAGUACAAAAGCUUCAGGGAGAAUGUGGUGUCGCACCUCUCUGACCGGGCGUUUGACAGGCCAAUCUGUGAAGUCCUACUCAAUCAGAAGUACUUCAAUGGCAUCGGGAACUAUCUCAGGGCCGAAAUCCUUUACAGAUUGCACAUUCCACCCUUCGUGCCUGCCCGUUCUGUGCUUGAAGGCCUGGAUUUAGAGGACUUUUGUCUUGAAGAUAAGAAGCCUGUGAAGAAUGAGUUAGUGAACAAAAAGACAGCUAAAAAGUUCAAAGUGAAAGAGGAGAGCGCCGAUCUGCUCAGACUGUGCCACACAGUUCCCCUGGAGGUAGUCCAUUUAGGUGGGAAAGGUUACGAUCCAGAGAAGGCGGACUACUCUGGCUUUAAUGCCUGGUUACAGUGUUACUACGUGGACGGAAUGAAGUCAAUCCGUGACCACAAUGGCAGGACUAUGUGGUUCAAAGGUGAUGCAGGCCCCAUGGCUCCUAAAGAUUCUAAAUCACCAAAGGCCAAAAAGAGAACAAAAAAAGAUGAGGAUCAUGAUUACAACAAAAAGAAAAAGGGGCCCAGGAGACAAUCUGAAAGUACAGAGAAGAAAAAAACUGUCAAAAAGGAAGCUAGAGCAGCAAAGACAGAAAAGGAUUUGCCUCAAAAAGAAGCCAUACGCCAAAGGACUGUAACACAGAAAUCAGGUGACCAGGAGACUACAGACAAUACAGAGCCAGAAGAAGGUUCUCGAAGGCGUAGCAGUAGACUGACAAGACAAAAUGUUAGGUAAAAAAAAAAAGUGCUCACUGUAUUUUGAAAUACUUUUUUUAUUGCUUGUUUGCAUUUUUAUAAUAAAACAUUUUUAUAAGCAUCCUUUGGAGUAUUUUAGCUACAGUUAAACCAAAAAAUGACAUUCAUACCCACAUUACUCAGUAGUUUGCAUACAUUUGCAAUAUUGUACUGAGCAGCUGGGACAGAUUUGAUCCCUCAUUUUUCUUCAUAACAUGUAUGGAAGCCUUCAGUAAUCUGUGUCGCAUCACACAAAGAAAGGACAACUGAAUUGAGAAAAAUGCAAAAAUGUUUAGUUAGCCCCAGUUAUUUGGUGUAUGUGCACCUACAAAUACACUGAGUUCCGAAUUACUAUGCAAAUUUGAUUUUAGAGUAUAAAAAUGUUUUUCCAUUAAACUCGUGAGUUGCAUUUUGUCUCAUGGCUCUGUAGAUCAUGGGCAUCAAUCUUUGACACCUGUGAUAAAUUGUCUCCUAGGUGAGCCCCAAUUAAAGGAAAACUUAAUAAAAGUGAUGUUCCAGAAUUUUAAGCAGGACACAGGUCACAAACAAUAUGGGGAAGAAAAAAACAUCUCUCUGCUGCUGAAAAGCGUAAGAUAAUACAGAACCUUGUUCAGGGUAUGAAGACAUUGCAUAUUUCCAAAAAACCCAGAUGAGGGCAUUGAACUGGAAAGAAAUUUGUUGCUAAUUAAGAGAACAGGCAUGUUUGUGCAGAUGAAGGCAGAAUAAGAAAGUUCCUGCCAAACAACUUCAUCGGAUCAAGAGAGGUGCUAAAACGCCAUUGCAAAGCAGCAAAGAGGUAUUUGAAGCCGCUGGUGCCUCUGGAGUCUUAAAGCCAAUAUUCGGCCACCCCGAAACAAAAAAUCACAAGCAGAAACUGUUGCAGUGAGCUCAGGAUUACACCAGGACCAUUUUUAAACAUUUUUGUUUACUGAUGAGUGCUGUGCAAACCUAGACGGUCCAGAUGGCUGGAGCAGUGGAUGGGUGGUGAAUGGCCACACUAUCCCAACAAGGCUGAGACGACAGCAAGAGGGUGGAGAUGUCAUGUAAUGGACUGGAAUCAAGAGGAGAGAGCUGAUAGGUCCCUUUAGAGUCCAUAAGGCUGUGAAAAUGACCCCCAUAAAGUAUGUAGAGUUUCUGACUAACCACUUUUUUCCACAAAGUAUGUUGAGAUUCUGACUGACCACUUUCUUCCAUGGUACAAAAACAAGAACUUUACCUUCUGACAAAAAAUCAUCUUCAUGUAUAACAAUGCCCCAUCUCAUGCUUCAAGGAACACCACAGAGUCACUGGCUGUUAUGGGCAUACAAGAAAAACUGAUGGUGUGGCCACCAUCUUCUGACCUCAACCCUAUUGAGAACUUCUGGAGCAUCACCGAUCAAAAGAUCUACAAGAGUGGGAGACAGUUCACAUCUAAGCAGCAGCUCUAGGACGCUUUUCUAACAUCCUGCAAAGAAAUUAACGCUAAAACUAAGAAUUCACAAGUUCAAUGGAUGCAAGGCUUACUCAAGUGAUAUCAAGAAAGGGGUUCUAUAUUAACAUGUAACUAUAGUACAAUUUGAUGGUCACACAAGUUUAGGGGAAAUAUGCAAUGUUUUCAUACCCUAAGCAAGGUACUGUACUAUCUUAAACUUUUCAGCAUCAGAGAUUGUUUUUCUUCCCCAUAUUGCUUGAAACUUGUAUCCUGCUUUUGCUCAAUAUUGUUGAACAUCACCUUGUAGCAGUUUUUCUUUAAAUGGGCUUACCUGGGAGACAAUUUAUCACAGGUGUCUGAGAUUUAAACUCAUGAUAGAUCAUGGAAAAACAAAAAGAUUUAGUCUUUUUAUACUCAAAUCAAAUUUGCGUAAUAAUUUGGAAUACAAUGUAGAACACAGCAUGAGUAAUGUUGCACUAAUUAAAUAUCACUUCAUUUUCACCCAUUUCAGUGGUAUUUUGUCAAAUGCCACCCAAAAUUAACUUCUAUCUUUGUGCACAAACGUGAACUCACGUGAAAAAAUAUGAUAAUCAAAUUUACUACAUAAGCUGCAACAAAUAGCAAAAUUACAAUUGAUGAAAUGGUUUGAACAAAUUCAGCCAUCAACCCUGAAAUUGGUUGCAUUACAAAAUACGAUCACUGACCUUGGCAGUUCCACUUUAAUCAUGAACCGCUCCUUUAAAGACUUCUUCAAAUAAAUUGUGUUAUACAUAAUCAAGCAAAAGUGAUCUAACUUGAAAGGCAUUAAAGUUGAGAUUGAUUCCAUCUUUAGUCACCUGUAAUGGCUGAGUGGUGUCAAUUUGCUCUAGAAGAUCACAACUGAAAAAAAAAAAAAAAAAAAAACAGAUCCGAUGCAGUUAUUAUGUAUUGAAGAGUCAUCAGACAGAGUUAACUUACUGCCAGGCAUUCUUGACUGGAAGCAUGGAGCGGAGGGUCACACUCACGCCACCGCCAUGAGCCUCGUACAGUCUGAUAACAAGGGCUCCUUUCCUGUUCUCUGCCUGUUACGUGAAAUGACCAUCGCUGAACCCAGUGUUCUUGUAUGCAAAAGACCCAAGUUGAAAAUUGAAUAGGAUACCUGCUUAACAGUCUCGAGGAUGACACUAGCAGGACUGAUGGAAAAGGCACUCCAUGGCACCAUGUCCGGGGAGCAUGACGUUAACCUCAAUGGGAAGUUGAGGUUGUAUGCACACUGGAUGACUGUGGCAUCUUGGAAGGAUCCUAUAAUGAAAAAUAUGCUCACACUGAAGCUGUAAACUGCAAAAAAAAAAAAAAAACACAUUCAAAAAGAUUUAAUCGUUGGCUGCUAUUGAUGGCAACAGUCAUCCAAUCCAUUUGAACUGAAAGGGCUGAUGGUGAAUGGUCACUGCCAGCCCUCCCUAUUCAAAUGGUUUGGACAUCCAUCUCCGUCAAUCAUGAUCAAUGGGUCAACCUGUGUGUGGCAUAAUUGCAUAGGUAAAAUUGUGUGUCCCCAUAUCAGCGUUGGCAUCUGGCGCCUUUGGUGCCCUCAACCUGGGACAAAGAAAAUAUUUAAGUUUAUAACUAUUCAUUCUGACUUGAACAAUCAUACAAGUUGUGCUUGGCCAUACAGGGAGAGUGUCAUUGUGUUCUUAUAGACUGAAUAGCCAUAUUUGCUGUCAUUGAGCAGAGCCACUCCAAAAUUAUGUUCUGACAAAUCAGCCCAUUUGUGACCCCAAACCUGAAGAGAGAAGCAACACCAUUCAAUAUACUUACAUUACACUACAGUGAUCCCUCGUUUUUUGCAGUUAAUGGGGACCAGAACCCGCCGCAAUAAGUGGAAAAAAUAAAAAUAAAAACGCGAACUAGCGAGAAUUUUUGUGUGUGUUAAUGUAUUUAUUCAGAUUUAGCAUUGGAAAGAUACACAUAAGACAUAUUUUUUCACUUUUUUUCCCCCAAAGUAUAAUUUUAAAAACUUAUGUAUGUAUGUUAUGUUAUGUAUGGCAGGAAAACACAGACAAGGCUAAAAAAGCAGGUUUUUUUUCUUGCACUCUUUAAAAGAAACUGCUGUAUUUUAAGCCAAAAGAAGUGUUGUGUUUGAUAGAACAACAUGUCUAUAUGCUGCCAUAGCAGAUUCAUGGCACAUUAAGCCCCUGAACUAUUUUUAAUUUGGCCAUUUUACGCUGGAGACCCGCUUUUGUUUCAACCAAGCCAUAAAAAGAAAAUUAUAUUUAUGAUUCGAAAUGUCUGUCAUUUUUAGCUUAGAAUCCUUAAUUGGUGUCUAAUGUUGUUAAAAAAAAAAAAAACUGAAAAAUUAUUCACUCGCAUAUUUUAAACUUUAAAACGAACACGUCACAAUGAAAAAAACUAAAUAAGUCACGAAUAUCUACCUCUUAACUAUUGCUUAAAUGUAUUUUUUUUGUUACUGUCACAUUUUCU